AUGGAACAGGAUGAAUCAAUAGACUUUAAAACCCUGAAGGCACGGUUUCAUGGUGGAAAUGGUCUGAAGAUUCAGACUAAACCUGCUGUCCCAGAGAAACCCAAAACCAUCCCUCCAUCGACAAAACUCAGCAAUCCCUUGAUCUCAUCCAUCAAUACUGCUGUGCAAAAAAGGAUGUUUCAAGCACCACGUGUAGUCUUCAAACAAGACAAAAAUCUAAACUGCCAGCUCUCUCCAACUAUAGGAUUAAAGACCAAAGAGGACCAACCCAUCAAUAAUGGUGAACUGCUAGAUAAUAAACAGAAGAAGGAGGUCAACAUUGUUAAGCAGAAUCUAAAAGACAAGAAUCUUCCGCUGGUUCUGCCUGUAGCUCCAGAGCCUGACUCCAGCCCACGUACACCUUUGUCCACUUCACCAUUCAAAGUGACGACACCCAAAAAAAAAUCAUUUACCCCUCCAAAAACUAGCAAAGAUGAAUGUGAGAAAACAGACUCUGUCAAAGAGUCUCUGAAGGACAGGAAUUUUCCAAUGGUUCUGCCAGUGGCUCAGAAAAAAGCUGAAAGCCCAGAACCUGAACCCAGCCCACUUACAACCGUGUCCAUUCCACCAGCCAGAGUGUCCACAACCAAGAGUUCUGUAUUUACUCCUCAAAAAAGUAGCCAAGAUGAGAAUGAGAAGGCAGACACAGUAAAAGAGGUCGUCAUUGCCGAAAAGUCUCUGAAAGAUAGCAAUAUUCCACUGGUUCUGCCAGUGGCUCCAAUAAAAGAUGAUACCCCAGAGCCUGAACCCAGCCCCUAUACACCUCAGAAUUCCACACCCAAGAAUGUUGUGUUUACCACUCAAAUAACUAGCAAAGAUGAGAUUGAGGAGGCAGUAACAGUGGAAAGACCAACAGUGGCUAGUCAUACCCCUGCUCCAAGUCACCCAGCUCCUGCUGGGCCAUCUGUACCAGCUAAUCCUGCUACUCAAAGUGUUCCUGUUGUCCCCAAGGCUGUUGUAACUACUCAGACUUCAACUGGAACACCUCCUGUCUCCAACAUUCCUGUCCCAAGUAUUCCAGCCUCAAUCUGUUCAACCUCUGCAAGCCCUGAGCCAAAGAUUCCCGAGCCAAAGAUUCUUGAACCAGCCAUACCAACACCAAUCAUUCCCUCUCAAGCUGUUCCUAAAUCAAAGCCAGAAAGCUCUAUUUCAUCUCUUCCUGACACUGAACCUCUUAAACCAAAUAUACAUAUCCUCAGUUUAUCAGAAGUAUAUCCUCCCCCUGAAGAAAGUCCACCUCCAGAAUUCACUGAUAUACCGCCCCCUGUUUUUGAUGAAGACUUCCCAGAUGUAGACUUUUCUGAGCAAACUAUACCCAUUCCAGGAAUAGGUAAAUUUUUCCCCCCAGUUCCCGCGAGUCCAGUUAUCUCCAGGUCCCCUGCCCCAUCCACCCCUCCAGCAGUAUCUCCAGGGCCCUUGGUGAAUCCUGAUCCAGUCUCUGGUCCAGUCUCAAGUCCCCCUCCAGAAGUUCAUACUCCUACUUCACCUAUAGAGGUGCUACUGGAGAAUGCAAAACCUCUGACUGAAGAGGCAGCUAUUAACCUAGAGAGGUCUAAGGAGGACCAGUCCUCAACCAAGCCACUUUCAGCCCUCUCAGCCUUGGUGAGAGCAGAGGAGAUGGCCUCUGUAAAAAGUUCACCACCUGAUAGCUGUGUAUUUAACCUUCUGGAAAGGGCCAAGAGAAAGUCCACAGUGAGUCCACUGGCUACCACAGAUAUAUAUACAUCUAUACCUGAAAAUACAAGCCUAGUUGAUACAGCUACACCUGAGAUACAUCUGCCUGAAACACUCACACCCCUGCCUGAGGCUGCCAUAACUGAGGUGACCCAAUCUGAUCUGGAUCCACCUGAAAAAGCCUCACCACAGCUUGCCCCAACUUCAGAAACAUUGCCUGAGGAAGCCCCACCUAUAUCAGAAGUGUCUGAUAUCCCUAAACUCCCUCCAGUUGACUAUGUGGAUCAUACUCUGUUACCACCUAACACCCACCUACCUGAAACUGCUGAGGUUAAUGGCUUUGAUCAAAAGGUAGUUACAGUGGUCAAACCAGUGAAUCCUCCUCCCCCACCGCCCAGAAGGGCUCUCCCAGCCACUCCCAUUGUGGAUCCCCCACUUGAGCAACCAAUGCUGUCUCCUGCCAGAGACUUCCAGAUGCCCUCAACACCUUCUGAACCUCUAAAAACACAUGAAGUGUCACCAUAUGACAACUCAUUUGAGAAUUAUGAAGAUGUUGAGGAACCUGAGGCUGCAGCACUUCCAUCCUUCAGGCCUCCAUCAGUACCAUCAUCAGCUUCGAGGACCAAAAGGGCGGUUUCAGUUCAUGAGGAAGCCUUCCUGAAUCAAUUGAGCCUAAGAAAACAGUCAAAAGAGGAUGUGUUUCCGAACCAGGAUAGAGAUGUGGAUUAUGGGUCUAUGAACUCUGGCUUUCCAUAUCCAGAAACUCAAGCUGCAGUGCAUCAGGACUCAGUGGGAAGCUCACCUCCCUUGACUCCAUCAGGGACCCUUGAAAGAGGUGACAGUGUCUUUGAAGAUCAAACAGACAGUAAAAAAGGCAAACAGGCAAAGACUAAGAAACAGAAAGGGCCUCCAAAGAACCAGUAUGCUGAUACACCGGCCGUGGUGGAAGGGGCUCCCAAGAAGAGCUUGUUCUCCAGGAAGAGCUCAAAAAAAGUGCCAGAUGACAAAGAACUAAAGAAAAAAGAGAAACAGCUAGAAAAGGAAAAAGAGAAAGAGAAGGAAAGACAAAAGAAGGAGCAGAAAGAAAAAGAAAAGAAAGAAAAUGAAGUGAGGAAAACAUUUAAGAUCACAGGCCAGGAAGAGCCCAUUUAUCAUGUUAAAGUCAUCGAGGACUGUAAGGGCCGUAAAAACGACCUGCCGGUGAAAGUUGGAGACACUGUGAGCAUCAUCCGCACCAACAACUGCCCUAAAGGAAAAUGGCUGGCAAAGGACAGCAACAACAAAUACGGCUAUGUUCCGGUGGAGAGUGUGGAUUUGAACAUCAAUGGCAUUAUGGAGCUGGGGAAGAUGACAACAGCAUCUAACAGAUCCAACGGCAAUGGACACAAAGACCGAGAGGUCACCAGUACGGGCAGCAGGACCUCGGAGCAUUAUGGCAUGAACCACACGAGCUUCUCUGAAGACAGUGAGGAGUGGACCUAUGAUGAUGACGACCCUGUGUUUGGCUCUGCUAAUGAAACGGCACACAUGGAGCUGAAUCAAUCACACGCCACACCAGCUCAAGAACAAUGCGAUUCAACUAAUAUGUCAGAAAAGCAGGAAGCGAUUCAAAAACUCUCCAGAUUCUUUAUGCAACCUAAGACGCUCUCUCAGCCUCUACCACUCAACGACAGCCCAGUAAUGCCAGAGGCCACACCAGAGGAUCCUGACAGCUCGAAUAAAGAAGAAGAAGGUUUAAAUGUGUCAGCGCUCCAGAUUCUUCCUCCUCCGGACCUGUAUGCCGACAUAGCCGGAGACUCCAUGCCUAUUUACAGCAAGUCAAUCAAACCCGUCUCAAAAUAGCCGAAUAACUCUGGCUGCAAGAGGGAAAGAUGGACUGCUCUGGAUCUACACUGUUUCUGAGUUCAUAACCCUGCUGUGGGCUGCGUUUUGAUGAGCAGUAUGGUAAAUGUCCCCCACACAAGCUCAAGAGGAGACGUGUCUGUCAAGUGGGAAGAAUUAUGUUUGUGAUUGUGCAUCAGUCUGUAAGUAGCUGCAGGCACGUUCUUCUAUAUUCAUGUGUAUUAUGUUCAAUCUGUGAAAAAAAGGCACUUGUAUGAUGUGGUGAGAAGCUCUUCGGAUUAUUUAAAGCAUUACAUUGAAGUGUUAGUUCUGUGGCAAGACAGUCAACCUAGUCUGAGGUUGUCUGAUUAUUUUAAGAGAUUAAACAAUUGACAGAUCAAAAUGACAAGUUAUGCAUGUUAAAACAUCUUCACAUUUGAGUUUGAUUUUAACAUUACAUUGCAACUUCAACAUUAAAAUGCAGUCCCUAAGUCAGCAUUAUUUUUGUUUGUAUCAUUUGCUUCGAAGUUUAGGAUUGCAACUUAAAUGUUUAAUAUAAUCAAACCAUGCAUUUGUAUUAGAGUACCUAGUAUUAUAUUAUUCAUUUUAUAUUUUACAUGCAGUUCUAUAUGUUUAAGUAUUCCAAGUCUUCAGGGCUACUCUGCAUUAGGAAAAAUGUGCUAAUGCUUGUAGUGCACGUUUAAGUGUUGUUUAUUUUGUAGUUCUACUGCAUAUACUACGUUUUCUGGAAAAUACAAUAAAUGUUACAGUUGUGUAUCUCAA